GGAUACUUCAACGAAAUUUGAAUUUUACCCGCCGUGUACAGAAAUAGGUCGACUAUGAUCCACAAUACUCGAAAAUGACAACCGCACGUCCGUAUUUUGAGCAGAUGGCUGUAUUUUUCGUUCUAAACGGCCCACUCUGGCAAGCAGUCGGAGAACAGCCAGCGGAGGCCACGUCACAUCCGGCGCAGUCAUGACGUAGGACGUCUCAAUCAACGAUUGGAGGAAAGCUGCGGCGAGGCUGACGUGAUUAUGAAUUUCGUCACUUGGUGGCGUUCACGAGUAAAGUUAUGUUACAACCUAUACGUUUGACCUGCCUGCGGUCUGAACGGCCUCACAAGUCACAACCCGGCAAACACGGCCACCCUGUGAUCCCAGUGUCCGUGAACCCACUAAUCCCGUGCCAAACACGGUAGUCGGUUCGUGCUUUGUGUCGCGAUGGCGUGUCGCGGAAACAGAAAACUUAGCGACACCAGCGAGGACGAAGACAUCGCUUCUGCGAUGGUGAAAGAUCGCCGAUUCGGCUUACAGCCGUACAUUUACGACCCAUCUGCGUCGUCUUCAUCUGAAGGCGACGGGGACGGGCCGGACACGCCACCACCAGCCCGUCGUGUGGGCUCCGCGAAUUGGUGCUCUUGCAACGGCUGCAGAGCGAUGCUGACGGACUACAAGUCCCUGUGCUGCCGAGAGGUUGACCGUGCAAGAGAGCUCUGCCAGGACCAGGGGGUGUCCUGUAUCACCAAGCACCCCUGGUUCGAGCUCUACUGCCUGAACAGGCCAGUGCUGGACCUGGCGUAUGUCACAAUGCAAUACUUCUGCCCUUUGGAUGCGGGGAACCGGACCCAAGAGGAGAAGUACCGCUACACGGCAUACCACCAGUUCACCUGGUGGGUGCACAAGAGGCUGGGGCGGGGAAACCGAGUGGUGCUGCCCAGCUGCGUCGUCUGUCAGAUUCGGCAAGAAUUCCCGUCCACAGAUGGGACAUACAGGGGGUUCAAAAAAUAAAAAAAGUAUUGGCCACCUGAAGGACUCGUUUACGGCAUGUUUUGUCCAGCCCUUCAAAGACACCUUCAUCAAUAAAA